ACUUCCCCUAUUCAAACUCUCAAGAAAACCCAAAAUUCUCUCUUUACUUUCCCAUAUCCAGUUAUCCCAAACCCUACCGUACCGUUAGGUUCCCUAGUUCAACACUCCGAGGAACGGUGCGCUGCUUCUUAGUUCGUACAAAUUCCGUCGAUUCUCUCCGAAACGAUGUCGUAUCGCCCAAGCGGGAACUCCAGGACCGAGGUCCGCCGGAACCGGUACAAGGUGGCGGUGGAUGCCGAGGAAGGUCGGAGACGGCGAGAAGACACCAUGGUGGAGAUCCGGAAGAACCGCAGAGAAGAGAGUUUGCAGAAGAAGAGGCGUGAAGGGCUCCAACCUCAACAGAUUCCUGCUUCCAUUCACUCUACUUUAGUAGAGAAGAAGUUGGAACACCUACCAUCAAUGGUUGCUGGUGUUUGGUCUGAGGACAAUAACCUGCAGCUCGAAGCAACGACUCAGUUUAGGAAGCUGCUUUCGAUUGAACGAAGUCCUCCGAUUGAGGAAGUUAUUCAGACUGGUGUAGUUUCUCGGUUUGUCGAAUUUCUGAUGAGGGAAGACUUUCCGCAGUUGCAGUUUGAGGCCGCUUGGGCUUUGACAAAUAUAGCUUCUGGAACGUCUGAAAACACCAAGGUGGUGAUUGACCAUGGGGCAGUACCAAUAUUCGUGAAGCUACUUGCUUCCCCCAGUGAUGAUGUCCGUGAACAGGCGGUGUGGGCAUUAGGAAAUGUUGCUGGGGAUUCUCCUAGAUGCCGUGACCUUGUUCUCGGUCAUGGAGCAUUGAUUCCUUUGUUAGCUCAAUUGAACGAACAGGCGAAGCUUUCUAUGCUUAGAAAUGCUACUUGGACACUUUCUAACUUCUGUAGGGGCAAGCCACAGCCUCCUUUUGAUCAGGUUAAACCUGCACUGCCUGCUCUUGCACGUCUUAUCCAUUCAAAUGAUGAAGAAGUCUUGACUGAUGCAUGUUGGGCACUGUCAUAUCUUUCUGAUGGUACAAAUGAUAAAAUUCAAGCUGUGAUUGAAGCUGGUGUUUGUCCCCGACUUGUUGAGCUUCUAAUGCAUCCAUCCCCUUCAGUACUAAUUCCUGCUCUUAGAACUGUUGGAAAUAUUGUCACUGGAGAUGAUAUGCAGACACAGGUUAUCAUCAAUCAUCAGGCACUUCCUUGCCUUCUGAAUCUGUUGACCAAUAAUUAUAAAAAAAGCAUUAAGAAGGAAGCUUGUUGGACUAUAUCGAACAUUACAGCUGGGAAUAAACAGCAGAUUCAGGCUGUGAUUGAGGCUAAUUUAAUUACUCCUCUGGUCAACUUACUUCAAAAUGCCGAGUUUGAUAUCAAGAAAGAGGCUGCUUGGGCUAUCUCAAAUGCUACAUCUGGUGGUUCCCACGAACAAAUCAAGUUCCUAGUAAGUCAAGGGUGUAUUAAGCCCUUGUGUGAUCUUCUCAUCUGUCCCGAUCCUAGGAUUGUAACAGUUUGCUUGGAAGGCCUUGAAAACAUCUUGAAGGUGGGAGAAGCUGAUAAAAGUAUUGGCAACACUGGUGAUGUGAAUCUAUAUGCCCAAAUGAUUGAUGACGCGGAGGGGCUGGAGAAAAUUGAGAACCUCCAGAGUCAUGACAAUACAGAGAUUUAUGAAAAGGCAGUGAAGAUUCUUGAGACAUAUUGGUUGGAGGAGGAAGACGAGACUAUGCCUCCUGGGGAUGCAUCUCAGUCAGGGUUCAACUUUGGUAACAAUGAUGCUCCUGCUGUGCCUUCCGGUGGAUUCAACUUUAAUUAGAAGAUGCUCAUACUCUACUGGGAAUUUCAUCAACUGCAGGAGUUUUGGUUGGUCUAUCACUGUAAAGUCCUCCAUUAUGACGUGACAGCAGUUGGGGGACAGGUCAAAGUCUUGUCAUUGUCAUUGGGUCUUACAUGGUCCAUCAAGUAAAUACAUGGUUGCUGGACCGGCUUGGAUUUUUGCAGUGCCUGGUAUUUCAUAUCUCAUGGUGUAAAAUGCUUUGUGGCUAUAUUUUUUUGCCACCGUAGAGUCUUCUUUUUGCCAAGUGAUCAUUCCAUAGAAUUAAUGAAUGCUCAGUCUUGUGAUAUUUUUUUUUAUCUUGUUAUAUAUGUCAUAGAUUGCAGUUAAUAUUACGAUUGGUUUUUUGGCAAAUGGCAAAUGCUAAAUGCUACUACCCAUUAGUUACAAGGAACCUUGGACUCUUUUUUUUUAUCCCCUUCCUUUGUAAGCUUUAUUUUACCCCUUCAUAGUUCUAUUAUUAUCACGUUAUGUUGGUCCUGGUUAA